AAGUUUAAAUAUUAUUUUGUAUUGAUCCAAAGUGAAUUAUAUAGUAAUUGAAAUUACGUUUUAAUAUAAUUUAAUAUCUUGUAACAUAACUGGCUGUAUACCUACAUUUUUCCACGCUACAGCUUACGUCGAAUUAGUCAUCAGACAGCAAGCAAAAUGGAACUAUUUUUGCAAUGUAAUGAUUUGGAGGGUUUGGCGCCACUACUACAAAAACACGGUGUGGAUUUAGACACAGCAGUAAAAUUGUCUCGAGAGGAAAUAAAAGAGUUGAUACCAUACGUGGGACUAAGGUCCAGAUUUUGCAGGGCUCUGAAGUCUAUGGAGCAACCACAAUCGAGUUCAGAAUCCUCUGUAUCAUCGGUAACCCCAACAAUGAUUUUAGAUUGGAACACGAAUGACGAUGGCGAUACCACCUUAAUUGAUGACCCUCAAUCUUCAGUUCCAUCCACUUCAUCUUCUAUUCCAUCCACUUCUUCUGAUGUGCGCAUAAUAGAGGUAAUUCCGGUAGAAGAUACUGAUAUUACUACGGAGGGAUUUCAAGCAUCUACACAGUCUACACUUCCAGAAUUUGACUUAAAAACAUUGCUAGAUUGCACUCCGUUAGGAUCUACGAUAAUAGCAUAUUAUGAAAAAAACCAAAUGCUUAACAAUAGUAAAAGAUCUUUAUUAGUUGAUAUCAUAUGCAAAAAAAUUUUUCAUUUUGCGCAAAAAAAUAGAGUAUGUCAUAGUGACUACAACAUUCUAACAGCUAAAAUUAUAACACUCUUUCCUAAAGAACUAUCUGGUACGUAUUACGUUCCAGCUAUUUCAAAAAAGCAUUCGGUUACUAAUAAACCAAUAGUAGCUAAAGGAAAGCUUGUCGACAAAGUUCGUAACCUUUUAAGGCUAAACAGACAAAUCAAUGCAAACAGUUCUAAAACUUUGGAAACGACCACGGCAUUAAAAUUAGACGAAUCACUAAGAAAGGUUAAAAUUUGGUUACAAACACGCAAAGAACCAUGGGAUGAAGUAGUUACGAACUGGAAAAGUACAAUGGAAUUGAGGAGGCAAUCAACCAGUAAAACAGCUUCUGAGUUUUUUAAAGAUUGGCCAAUACUGCAGGAUUCUCGCUCAACUCAGUUGAUUGAUAUAGAUUUUGAUGUGAUGUUUCCAACUAAAGGUGUUAAUAUUCACAUUCGUUGGUUCCCUUUUAUGGAAAAACUGAUUCUCUUACGAGGAAGUUCUAUGAAAGAAAGAUCAGGCUUACAGUAUUUAGAGAUACUAAAUUUAGAAGAGAAUUGUAACGAAGAUACAAAGGUAGCUCUGCAUUUGCACAUGUUACCUAAUCUAAUUCCACCAAAAGGAAGAACAAAGUUGCCCAAUAAAAAAGAUUGGAAGUUUUCCGCCGCGGAGGUUCUUGAAAGUUUAAUUCAACAUGUCAAAGGCCCUGGUGACAUCGAAGACCACAUUCAAUCAUACCAAGAUCGUAUGUACAAUUUAAAACAGACUAUCCAACCAUAUAUUUUGGUAGUAGGACCUUCUUUAAAGAAUGUUACAGCAACGUACGUAAUAGUUGAUAAAAUACGAUACAAGUGCAAUACAGUUCUUUCUGCAUUAGAUUUAAAUUUUAAAAUCUUUCAUAUUAUGAAUGUCUGUUACCCCUCUCAAUCUGAGUACCUAUGGAUACUGAUUCAGAAAUGUGUGUAUGAGGUGCACACUGCACAAGAUAAAACGAUUCCAUAUAUCUUAGACUUGAUUGAGGUAUUAAAAGACAUUAAUUAGUUUAUACAGUUACAAAAGACAAAAUAAUUGUUUAUCUAUUUAUAAGACCUGCUGUUUUUGGCGUCAUUAUGAAAUGUCAAAAGUGUAACUGCUCGUUUUCCAAUACUAGUAUUUAUAUUAAUCAUCUAACAUAUAAGCAUAAUAUAGUAAAUUUUUCCUGUUGCUAUAGAACUUUUAGCACACGUGGUGCGUUUAAAAGGCAUUUAAAUUUAGAACAUGUUCAGAAAAAUAAUCCUAAUACCGCAACUAAUACUGCGACAAAUGUGUUACAUUCUCUAAACGCUACUGAUCCUUAUACAGUUAAUACUUCAAACUUAGAAAAUGUUGGAGAACCAUCAUACAAUUCAUCAGGAGAUCAUAAUGAACAAUUUUGUAAACUAUUUCAAUCAAACAUAGACCAAUUCGUUUCAUCUUUAUAUAGUAAACUUCAAUUAAAUUUGACUCUAAUACAAGAUAUUAUACUUCUCACUUCUGACUUUGUUUCAUCCGCAAUAAAUAGUAUUAAAAACUGUUGCUCAUGUUCAAGUUUAAAGUGCGAUAAUUGUAAAGAAAUGUUGAGUGUAUUGGAAGAACCGUUCAAAAACUUAAAUACGGAAUAUAAAAGACAAAAGUAUUUUACAAACUCAAAAUGUUUUAUUAAUCCCACGGAAUUCGUCAUAGGUACAAGAACUGCACCGAAAAAACAAGACAAAAAAAUAUCUUUAGACCUAAUUAAAAAUGUUGGAUACUUUGUACCUGUAGAAAGUACAUUGAAACUGUUUCUUGAACUUCCGGGAGUUUAUCAUAUUAUGAAUGAUUAUCGAGAUACACUUCUUUCAAAUAAAGAUGGUUCACUG